UCGAAAUUAUGCCUUCAACAGUUGAUGCAAAUUUGUCCUGCAUUAACCUGGUUGUGCGCCUUAGUAAACUCAACAAAACCAAAAAGAAAUGGGGCUCUGCUUUUCUGACCAUAUAUUGUUCAAGGGCCCUCAAAAAUGUUCUUAGUCGUAGAAAGAGCAAGAUUUCACCAGUACCUUCACACGCAGUUAUCAUCGAUAUCGCCGAAGUUCCCCCCAGCCCUUGCAAGGUUGAUCAGACAACUCUAACAAAGCUUGUCAAGGAGAAAAGCCUUGGUCAGCUUGACCAAUUAGGUGGUAUUCAAGGUAUAGCUACUUCUCUCAAUACUGAAGUUCAGCAUGGAUUAAAUGGUGAUGAUGCCGAAGAUAUUUUACGCAGAACUGAAGCUUUUGGUAGCAACACAUAUCGUAAGCCUCCCAAAAAGGGAUUCUUCCAUUUUGUUUGGGAAGCUUUUCAAGAUCCUACAAUUGCCAUUCUUUUGGCAUGUGCUGCACUAUCUCUUAGUUUUGGGAUAAAAGAGAAUGGUCCGAAAGAAGGAUGGUAUGAUGGUGGAAGUAUAUUUGUUGCUGUUUUUCUUGUCAUUUCUGUUUCAGCUAUCAGUAAUUUUAGGCAGAACCGGCAAUUUGAGAAGCUUUCCAAGGUCAGCAGCAAUAUCCCAGUUGAAGUUGUGAGAAAUGGCAGGAGACGGCAAAUUUCAAUCUUUGAAAUUGUUGUUGGAGAUGUUGUUCGCUUGAAGAUUGGUGAUCAGGUACCUGCUGAUGGAUUACUCUUGGAGGGGCAUUCCUUAAGCAUUGAUGAGUCAAGCAUGACUGGAGAAAGUGAUCAUCUAGAAGUUAAUCAAAACCAGAAUCCAUUCUUGACUUCUGGUACCAAAGUAGCUGAUGGAUAUGGUCAGAUGCUUGUUACUUCUGUUGGAAUGAACACAACUUGGGGGGAAAUGAUGAGCUCUGUUAGCCAGGACUCCAAUGAGAAAACUCCACUUCAAUCGCGCCUCAAUAAGCUAACUUCAGCAAUUGGUAAAGUUGGUUUAGCAGUUGCUUUCUUAGUUCUUUUGGUGCUAUUAGUUCGCUACUUCACUGGUUAUACAAAGGACGCGAAUGGAAUCAAGGAGUACAAUGGCAGCAAAACAAAGGCUGAUGAUGUGAUCAAUGCUGUGGUGAAAAUUAUUGCUGCAGCUGUAACAAUUGUAGUUGUUGCAAUUCCAGAAGGUUUGCCUCUGGCUGUAACACUUACACUUGCUUACUCGAUGAAGAGAAUGAUGGCUGAUCAAGCAAUGGUGAGAAAGCUUUCUGCUUGUGAAACAAUGGGCUCUGCUACAACCAUCUGUACAGACAAAACAGGUACUCUUACUCUAAAUAGAAUGACAGUAACAAAAUUUUGGCUGGGAAAGGAAUCAGUAGAGAAUGAUAGCUACCUUUCUAUCUCAACCAAUGUUCUUAAAUUGCUUCGUGAAGCUGUGAGCCUAAACACAACAGGAAGUGUUUAUAGGUCGAUUAAUUUAGGAACUGAGGGCCUCGAGUUCUCAGGAAGUCCUACUGAGAAAGCAAUUCUGUCUUGGGCUGUGAUGGAAUUAAAUAUGGACAUGGAGAGAGUAAAACAGAAUUGCUCCAUUCUUCAUGUCGAAGCAUUCAAUUCCCAGAAGAAAAGAAGUGGAGUGUUGAUGAAGAAAAUGGUGGAUAACUCGAUUCAUGUCCACUGGAAAGGAGCUGCUGAAAUGAUACUAGCAAUGUGCUCGCAUUACUACAACCUUGAAGGAGAAGUGACAUUGCUUGAUCAUCUUGAGAGGAAGAAAUUUGAAGAAAUAAUACAGGGCAUGGCUGCUAGCAGUCUGAGAUGCAUUGCAUUUGCUCACAAGCAAAUAACAGAAGCCAAUGAUGCCAGUGGAGAAAUACAGCAAACAUUAGAAGACAGAAACUUGAUCCUUUUGGGGAUUGUAGGCCUAAAGGAUCCCUGUCGCCCCGGUGUGAAGAAAGCUGUGGAAGAUUGUCAAUAUGCUGGUGUGAAGAUCAAAAUGAUCACCGGCGACAAUGUCUUCACUGCAAGAGCAAUAGCCGCCGAAUGUGGAAUACUUCAGCCUGAUCUUGAGGCUAACGUUGAAUUGGUGGUAGAAGGUGUUGAAUUUCGCAACUACACAGAUGAGGAACGGAUGGAAAAAGUUGAUAAAAUUGUUGUAAUGGCGAGAUCGUCUCCUUUUGACAAGCAUCUCAUGGUGAAAUGCUUAAAAGAGAAAGGUCAUGUUGUAGCGGUGACUGGAGAUGGAACAAACGACGCGCCAGCAUUGAAAGAAGCUGAUAUAGGACUUUCUAUGGGGAUUCAAGGCACUGAAGUCGCCAAGGAGAGUUCAGAUAUUGUCAUUUUGGAUGACAAUUUUGCUUCUGUUGCCACAGUGCUUACAUGGGGAAGGUGUGUAUACAGCAAUAUCCAGAAAUUUAUUCAGUUCCAACUCACGGUGAAUGUGGCAGCUCUAGUGAUCAACUUUGUAGCAGCAAUUUCAGCUGGAGAAGUACCAUUAACAGCAGUUCAACUCUUGUGGGUAAAUCUCAUCAUGGAUACUCUUGGAGCCUUAGCACUAGCAACAGAAAGACCAACAAAGGAUCUCAUGGACAAGCCUCCAGUGGGGCGUACUGAAUCCCUCAUCACCAACAUCAUGUGGAGGAACUUAAUGUCUCAAGCCUUGUAUCAGAUAACAGUUUUGCUGACAUUACAGUUCAAAGGAAAAUCAAUCUUUGGUGUUAGCGAAAAGGUAAACGCUACGUUGAUCUUCAACACUUUUGUUCUUUGCCAAGUGUUCAAUGAGUUCAACGCAAGGAAACUUGAGAGUAAGAAUGUGUUUGAGGGGAUACACAGGAACAAGUUGUUCUUGGGAAUUAUUGGAGUAACAAUUAUUCUUCAAGUGGUGAUGGUGGAGUUUUUGAAGAGGUUUGCUAAUACAGAAAGGUUGAAUUGGGGGCAAUGGGGAGCUUGUAUAGGAAUCGCAGCUGCAUCCUGGCCAAUUGGCUGGAUUGUUAAGUGCAUGCCUGUUCCGGACAGACCAGUGUUCAGUUAUCUCAAGUGGAAGAACUUCUGUUGAAAUAUGUCAACUUUUCCUACAAAAUUUACUAGAUUAUAUUUAGGUUCAGAAUAAUUAUGCUCCGUUUGGAUUAACUAUUUUUUGGGGUGUUUUUGAAAA